GCCUACAAGAUUGCUUGUUGUCAUUGCAAUGCUUUAGAUCAAGCAGAGCACCCUGAUAAGUGAGCAGAGAUGGUGCUGCAGAGUAACAGGGUAAUUCUUCUAUUUUCUUUUCAACAGAAAAGAGCAUUGUAGCACAAUAAAGUGGAGAUGGAGUCUGUUGCAUUGACUGGGUAGCAGUGGCACUCAGAGAGGGACAGUCAUUCCAAGAGUGCUAGAAAUCAUGAGACAAACAGAAUGACUCAUUUUUGUGAAUGAUUUAUCUUAUGCCCACAAGGAGUUGUCCUGUGAAAUGAGAUCAGUAGCAGGCUAACAUGACCCACCAGAGAGAAGACCAGUGGCUGCAGUGCAGUGUCUCUUCAGGCUAAAAUGUUUUCUUAUCCCAAGCUUCCAAUGUUGUGACAGUUUUUAAUGCCCAGCAACCACUUCAGACUUGUGGCCUUAACAUACGUUGUUGUAAAAUUGGUUUUGGUUUAGUCUUCUUCAUGGGGAGAAAAAAUCUAAAUCUGCUGAAAUUUUGACAGCAAUAAAAGCCUUCUUGAAAUGUGCUCCAUAUAUAAUUCAAGGUGCAGCAAUUGAUGAUGAGUCAAAGACAAUUUUUGCCCUCAAAAACCGUCAACUCCUCACUGGGCUGUCCUCAGAAAGCUGUCAUGUCUUGCUUCAGCUCCUCUCCUGGAUUUCAAGGAGAAAGGUGUGUGUGUGUAGAAGGCAAAGAGAAGGAUGCUGAGCAGAGAGCAAUGCCUCUUCCUUGUGUGUGUCUGCAGGUGACCUGCUGCCCUGCUGUGUGCUGACAUGAUGACAGCAAGCAAGGUGGCCGAUGUGAGCAGCAAGUCUGGGGGUGCUGUCUGCAAGUCUGAGAGGAUCAAGCUUGCAGAUAAGAACAAUACAGCAGCUGUGAAGGAAUUAGAAAAACCUUUGUGUGGAUUUUUGAGUGAGAAAUGUUCUGAAGGUUCCUCUGUUGCCCUGGGUUUAAAACCUGAAGCUGAACCAGUUUCUUCUGUGGUGAAGAGCCCACUGGGAGCCUUGGAGAACUUGAUGCUGGAUCCAAGGCUCGACUGCUUUCAGCAGAACAUGCUUAGUCCUAAAAUGAUCAUCAGUGACCCAUCUGUGGAUCUGAAUGUCAAAGAAAAUAAUAAAAUCAUCAGGAGGCAGAUAGGAGGCACUCAGAAUAUACCUGGGAAAAUUGGCUUGAGGAAUAAGUCCUUCAGCAUCAAGGAGAAAAUUUCAGAAUGGGAAGGGAAGAAGGAAACGCAGUGUGCUCCUCGCAGAGAGGAGGAGCCAGGAGUCAAAGAGGAGCACAAGAUGCCUUGUGUGACUGAGAAAAUGAGUGGGGAGGCACUGGUGACUCGAAAAGCAGAGGCCAAGAGACUGAUGAGCUGGGAACUGGAGUGCAAAGGGGCAGGCAAAGAGAAUGAGAGGAAAGCAGGAACUCAGAAAGGCACGGGGCAAGCAGCAGAGCGAAAAGGGGAAGGGCAGAAGGAUGAGGAAAUGGAGCUCAGCCCUGGAAAAUGCAAGGAGGUGAAAAGUGGGAAGUGGGAGGUCCAGAAGGAGAAUCUUUCAGUGCUUAGUCAGGUCAAGAAGCUAGAGCAGGCUUUGAAAGAUGGCCCAGCAGAGCUGCAGCCACAGUUGCCUGGUACUUACUAUUCCCCACAGUGCUUGCAGGAGAAGGCAGCACAAGGGCACACUGCUCCCGAGGGCCAUGAGGGCGUAUGUGGAGGGACUGAGCUCAACAAAAGGCUUCCUGGCCUGGACUCUGACAUCAGUGAACCGAUUUUUGGGACUCUAGAAGAGAUAAGAACUUCUCAUGUGAAAUCCAAGCAGUGCACGGUGGAGAAUGUGUACACAGAGCCAGGGGUGCCAGAGAAGAAGCCCUUCAUCAACCCCCUGCCCAAGCCUCGGAGGACUUUCAAACACGAGGGGGAAGAGGACUGGGUGCCAGCAGUUAGGAACAAAAGGAACUUACCCCCCCUGCCAUCCAUUCCUCCCCCUCCUCUGCCCUCCUCUCCUCCCCCAUCAGCUGUGAGCAGGAGGCUCUGGAGUGGGAAGCACAAGAACAACGCUGACCACAGGAAAUCCUAUGAGUUUGAGGACUUGCUGCAGUCAUCGUCCGAGCACGGCCGGGUGGAUUGGUACGCGCAGACCAAGCUGGCCCUGACACGCACUUUAUCCGAGGAGAACGUCUACGAGGACAUCCUGGAUCCGCCAUCAAAGGAAAAUCCUUAUGAGGACAUUGAGACCAACAGCCGCUGUUUGGGGAAGAAAUGUGUCCUGACCUUCCCAGCAUCCCCCACCUCUUCUGUACCUGGGACUCCCACAAAGUUGCUUUCCAAGCCCAUGUUUUUCCGGCAAAACUCGGAGCGACGCAGCUUCAAACUGCCGGACAUACGGAAACUGAGCCGUGAUGGGACUGGGUCACCAUCCAAAAUCAGCCCUCCCUCAACCCCCAGCAGUCCAGAUGACACCUUCUUCUCCUUGGGAGACUCUCAGAAUGGCAAGAGGAGAAGGAAGAUUCCCAAGCUCGUGUUGAAAAUCAAUGCCAUUUACGAGGCACGGAGGGGAAAGAAACGUGUCAAGAGACUGUCCCAGUCUACAGAGAGCAAUUCAGGGAAAGUUACAGAUGAAAACAGUGAAUCAGACAGUGACACUGAAGAGAAACUGAAAGCUCACAGCCAGCGCCUGGUGCACGUGAAGUCCCGGCUGAAGCAAACGCCGCGGUACCAGAGCCUGGAGCGGGACCUGAUCGAGUACCAGGAGAGGCAGCUCUUCGAGUAUUUCGUCGUGGUGUCGCUGCACAAGAAGCAGGCUGGGGCUGCCUACAUCCCCGAGGUCACCCAGCAGUUCCCACUGAAGCUUGAGCGCUCGUUCAAAUUCAUGCGUGAGGCAGAAGAUCAGUUGAAAGCUAUUCCCCAGUUUUGCUUCCCUGAUGCAAAGGACUGGGCCCCCAUCCAUCAGUUUGCCAGUGAGACAUUCUCAUUUGUCCUGACGGGGGAAGAUGGAAGCAGGCGAUUUGGGUAUUGUAGGAGGCUGCUGCCCAGUGGCAAAGGGAAGCGUCUCCCAGAGGUUUACUGCAUUGUGAGUCGCCUUGGAUGCUUCAAUCUCUUCUCUAAGAUCUUGGAUGAGGUUGAGAAGAGACGGGGCAUCUCCCCAGCCCUGGUGCAGCCUCUCAUGAGGAGUGUCAUGGAGGCACCUUUCCCAGCUCUGGGCAGGACAAUUACAGUCAAGAACUUCUUGCCAGGCUCAGGAACAGAGGUCAUCGAGCUGCGGCGGCCGCUGGACUCCAGGCUGGAGCACGUGGAUUUCGAGUCCUUGUUCACCUCCCUGAGUGUGAGGCACCUGAGCAGAGUCUUUGCCUCCUUGCUGCUGGAAAGGAGGGUGAUCUUCAUUGCAGACAAGCUCAGCACUCUGUCCAAGUGUUGCCACGCCACGGUGGCCCUGCUGUACCCCUUCACGUGGCAGCACACCUACAUCCCCGUGCUGCCUCCUUCCAUGAUCGACAUCGUGUGCUCGCCCACCCCCUUCCUCAUCGGCCUCCUCUCCAGCUCCCUGCCCCGCCUCAAGGAGCUGCCCGUGGAGGAGGUCCUCGUUGUUGACCUUGUAAAUAAUCGGUUUCUGAGACAGAUGGAAGAUGAGGACUCCAUCCUGCCCCGCAAGCUGCAGGCCGCCCUGGAGCACAUCUUGGAGCAGAGGAAUGAGCUGGCAAGCGACAAGGAGGAGGGUCCUGUCAAUGGCAAGCAGGAAACCAGCCCUUUGAACGAGGUGGUAUCUGAGGCUUUUGUGCGUUUCUUUGUGGAGAUUGUGGGCCACUAUUCCCUGUUCCUGACCCCCACGGAGCGAGAGGAGCGGACCCUGCAGCGCGAGGCUUUCCGCAAAUCCGUCUCUUCCAAGAGCCUCCGACGCUUCCUGGAGGUUUUCAUGGAGACUCAGAUGUUUGGGGGCUUCAUCCAGGAGCGGGAGCUGCGCAAGCAGGGGGUCAGAGGUCUAUUUGAGGUACGGGCUCAGGAGUACCUGGAAACACUUCCCAGUGGGGAGCAGAGUGGAGUCAAUAGGUUCCUGAAAGGCCUAGGCAGCAAAAUGAAAUUCCUCCACAAAAAGUAAGAGCGAAGCACAUCCUCAUUCCACAGAAGAGAAUGGCUUCACCAUUUAGCAGCAAUAAAUCAGACUCAUCAACCAUUCCCAUUCAGCCUGCUCCCAGGAGCCUUGGGCAGGCUGGCCACAGCCAGGAUGUGCUGCACAGACCUGUGGUGCUGCAGGAGGAUGGGAUGGCUGCAGGGCUGCCUGGACACGUUUCUGGAUGUCUACAGUAGCAAGCACUGGACCAAGCACUCUCUCUGAACUCUGCACUAGCACGUUGCAGGCAUCCCGGCGGAUUGGAUCUCUUAGCUAGUCAAUUCUUUAUUUGGUUGUAUUUUUCUAUUUAUAUUGAGGUUAGAACAGUUAUUAACCAAUGACUCUUGCCCUGCCUCCUCUCUGCCUGGUGCUGCAGGAGGCUGAAGUGGGACUGAGCAGGCAAAGCUCAGGCAUGGAGGGGAGGAGGAGCAGAGAUGUAUGAAAGUAGAGCUCUGCAAAGCAAGGACACUGAGAGCUGCAGGGAUGAGAUGGACUGGCCAGGAGGAGCUUCCAAGCAAGGGAAAAGGGUGAGGGGGAACCACUAAACCUACUGAGGACUUGCUGGGCCAGCCAGCUCCCUGGGUGGCUGUACCAGGGAGUCUUGGCACGAGGAGAGGCCUUUCCUCAUGCAGUGUAAUUAAAAGCGAGUUGUGUAAAAGGCAA